AUGCAGCACUACGGGGUGAACGGCUACUCGCUGCACGCCAUGAACUCUCUCAGUGCCAUGUACAACCUGCACCAGCAGGCAGCCCAGCAGGCCCAGCACGCCCCGGACUACCGGCCCUCGGUGCACGCACUGACGCUGGCCGAGCGCCUGGCCGGCUGUACAUUUCAAGACAUCAUCUUGGAGGCCCGCUAUGGCUCGCAGCACCGCAAACAGCGCCGCAGCCGCACGGCUUUCACCGCUCAGCAGCUCGAGGCCCUGGAAAAGACCUUCCAGAAGACCCACUACCCGGAUGUGGUGAUGCGUGAGAGGCUGGCCAUGUGCACCAACCUGCCUGAGGCCCGGGUGCAGGUGUGGUUCAAGAACCGGAGGGCCAAGUUCCGGAAGAAACAGCGCAGCCUGCAGAAAGAGCAGCUCCAGAAGCAGAAGGAGGCCGAGGGCUCCCACGGGGAGGGCAAGACAGAGGCCCCAACCCCAGACACCCAGCUGGAGACUGAACAGCCCCCAAGCCUGCAAAGUGGUGACCGUCCCGCUGAGCUUCACCUGAGCCUGUCUGAGCAGUCGGCUAGUGAGUCGGCCCCUGAGGACCAGCCAGACCAGGAGGAGGGUCCCCGGACAGGGGCCGAGGAUCCCAAAGCUGAGAAGAGCCCUGGGGCUGAGAGCAAGGGACUGGGCUGCAAGAGGGGCAGCCCCAAGGCAGAUUCCCCAGGCAGCCUGGCCCUGGCUCCUGCAGCCCCCGGGGGCGGCCUCCUGGGCCCCUCCCACUCUUACUCCUCAUCUCCGCUGAGCCUCUUCCGUCUGCAGGAGCAGUUCCGCCAGCACAUGGCGGCCACCAACAACCUAGUGCAUUACUCAUCCUUCGAAGUGGGGGGCCCGGCCCCUGCCGCCGCUGCGGCUGCUGCCGCCGUGCCCUACCUGGGCGUCAACAUGGCCCCACUGGGCUCACUGCACUGCCAGUCCUACUACCAGUCCCUGUCAGCCGCCGCGGCUGCGCACCAGGGCGUGUGGGGGUCCCCCCUGCUGCCCGCGCCCCCAGCAGGCCUGGCACCUGCCUCGGCUGCCCUGAACAGUAAAACCACGAGCAUCGAGAACCUGCGGCUUCGGGCCAAGCAGCACGCGGCCUCUCUGGGACUCGACACGCUGCCCAACUGACUGCUGGCCUCCAACCCAGCCAGGGGUCUUGGGUGCCCCCUCCCAGCCCCAGGGUUAUCCCCAGAUGGCUUGCAAGGAGUCAACUCUAUGAGCCCAGGGAUCCUGUGGCCUUGGAGUCCUGCUCCCUGUCCUCCUCCCCAAGUCCCAGCCCUAGGUGAAGCCCACACUUGCACACCCUCUGCAUGGCCCUGCUUGGAUCCCAUGGAGGCCAAAUGGGGGUGGGAGAGGUGAGGCCCGGGUGCCUGCGGCCUUCUGCAGGGGAGUGAGGCCCUCAGUGGCUAGAUCCUCACCCCAGCACGGCCUCCUCCCUGCCUGCCCUCCCUCCCCUCUGCCCCCUAGUAAGUCGAUGUGUGGAAUGUGAGAUAUAAAUAUAAAUACAUAAAGCUAUAUUUUCAGGCCCCCGCCUGCCCCAGGCCCCCUGUAGCCCUUGCCUUCACCUCCGGGGUCCACAUCGCUCUCUGGCUCUCUUCUCUCUGUCUCUCUCCUCCCUGUCCUUCUUCCCUGACCUGCCUCUGUCCUGUUGCCUACCCCGCUCUCCCAGCUUCCAGCUUCCCCGCUCUGGACCUUUGCCCAUGUCUCUUCUCCCCACUCCUGCUUUCUUUCUUUGGUGCUGGCCGUGUGGUGUCGUCAGUCCCCAGACUUUGUUUUGUUUGGGAUUGUGACUUUUUAGUCUUAGUAAUUUUGCUUCUUCCUGUUCCUCUCCUCUUGCUUCUUCCCACCCGCCCAUCUCCUCCCUGCAUGGGCCCUCUCUAGGCUGCUGUUCCUUUCCUCCCGAGUGGAGGUGGGAAGGCCCCAGCUGGAGACCCUGCUGCCCCUGGAGCUGCCGGCAGGGGCUGGCACUG